UUUUGGAUGGCUUGAUGCAUGAGGGGUCAGUUUUCUGGGCAAAAUGAGCUUCAACGAUGAUGAGCAGAUUAUUAGCACUCAAGACUCAGGAUCAAAACCAAUACCAAUCACACCAGGAAGAGUACAGCUCGUAAGCAUACAUAAUAAUAUGGUACCUCUUGAAGAAAGCAAACUCAGGGUGAUGCUGGAGAUCACCGGGGGAGGUUCCACCAAUGACAGACCAGGAUUGGAUCUCGUGGCGGUAUUAGAUGUCAGCGGAAGCAUGGGAGGAGAAAAGAUAGCAAAAGUGAAAACCGCCAUGUUAUUUAUGAUCUACAAACUUAGCCCCAUUGAUCGUUUGUCAGUUGUCACAUUCGAAUCGGGCGCCAAAAGAUUGUGCCCGUUGCGUCAGAUAACUGAAAAUUCUCAAAAGGAACUUGAAAAUCUGAUCAAUGGUUUAAAUGCCAGCGGUGGCACCAACAUCACUGCUGGUCUUCAAACUGGCUUAAAAGUGAUUAAUGAUCGUAGUCUUAGCGGCGGGCGUUCAGUUGGCAUCAUGCUUAUGUCCGACGGUGAGCAGAACGUAGGUGGUGAUGCUGCCAAAGUUCCGGUCGGCAAUGUGCCCGUACACACAUUCGGUUUUGGCACAGAUCAAGAUCCAGUGGUGCUCAAGGCUAUCGCAGAUAAUAGCAUUGAAGGAACGUUCUCAGACGUUCAAAACAUGGACAACUUGAGCAUAGCAUUUUCCCAGUGUUUGGCUGGACUUCUCACCCUUGUGGUUGAGGACCUGAGGCUGAAAGUUAUACGAUACGAAGACGAAUCGACAAUAGAGCAGGUAAUUGCCGGAAGCUAUCCACAAUCCAAGGACAAUGCUAAUGGCUCUGUAACUGUUACUUUUGGUGGUCUCUAUGCCAAAGAGGUGCGCAAGGUCAUAGUGGACCUUCUUCUCCCCGCUGUUACUCAGGAGCGGGAAGCAGAUGUUCUCCAAAUUACUUACUCAUAUAGCUUUCAAGGAAGCCCGUUUGAGGCCAAUCCUGCGACCAUUACCGUACGACGCACCGGGAAAUUCGCAGAACAGCAAGAAAGGCCAGAGGUGAAAAUUGAGGAGACCCGUCUCAGGAUUGUAAAUGUGAUAAAAGAAGCAAGAAAAAUGGCUGAGAAAAAUGAACUUCGCAAUGCUCGGGACAAGCUCGUUGAAGCCCAGAACUCUUUGGGGGAUGUGGAUGAUAAAUCUAACCCGAUGGUUGAGAUGCUAGCGUCCGAGCUGCAACAACUCUUGAAAAUGAUGGAAUCACAAAAAAUUUAUGAAAAGCAAGGGCGUCCUUUCGCACUCUCCUCUGAGACUUCCCAUGAUCGCCAGCGUUUCACUACAAGAGGUGAUCAAGAGGAAGGUCCGCGGCCAUUUGCCACUCCUCGAAUGGACAAAUACCUUGAGCAAGCCAGGUCGUUUAACAAGGAACCCAGCAAGCCGCCGCCCUCAGUGGAUGAGGAUGUGCAGGAAGAAAUCACUGCCAAUCCCCUCGCUCCAGUCAUUGGUGCUAUUAACUACUACCUGCAAUUGGCCAUUAAGUGUCUCCUAGCCAUUGAAAAAAUAAUCAAUAGAGGCCUUUGAUUACUUGGUUAUUUAGCUUUUGCAUUUCAAUAAGUUAGACCAUUGUGUAUCUUGCCUUAUCUAGGCAAACUCAGUGGUGCUAUUACCUUCUACAUUCAAUCGGCCAUUCAGUCUCUUCAAGCCAUUGAAAAAAUAAUAAAUAAAGGCCUUUGAUUACUUCGUUAUUUUUAA